UUUUGUUCUUAUCCUCAGACAACUAUUCUUCUCCCACCUUCUUAUAUACAUUGAUAUGAUCCAGGCUAUUCAUUUCCAACAAAGUAAUGGAUGCAGAACAAGUUCUGAAAUUGUUGGAUACCUAUUGGUUCAAGAGAACAAUUUACUCCAACAAAACCUAUUCACCUUUUCAUUCAGCAGCGGCUCCAACCUCUCCGUCCUUGGUGGUGGAAGUGCUUCCUCUAGAUACAAAGCUCUUGAGAGCUCCAACACUUCAAGUGAGGUCUUUCAGUGAUCAAAACAUGGGUUCAAAAGUCAGUGCUUUAUCUGAUUAUCCAUCACCAAAUUCUGUCUUCACUCCACAGAAGCUGCAUCCUAUUCUUUCUGGGAAGGAAAUGGGAGAUGAUCAAUUCCCACUUGAUCAAAAAGAUCCUGAGGAAGAAGCACCCACUAAGAAGAGGCUGAGUCAAAGGACAAGACUCAGAAAAGAGAAAAUCACAAGAAGGAGCCUGUCAGAGCUCGAGCUAAAAGGGUUUAUGGAUUUGAGUUUCGCAUUUUCUGAGGAAGACAAAGACUCAGGAUUGGUUUCUUUGAUACCAGGGUUACAUAGGAUGGGAACAGAUCAUGGUGCUGGUGUGGGCAAAGAAGAACAAGAGAACAUCAUUGCUGAAACUGUGAUUGGCAGGCCUUAUUUAUCAGAGGCUUGGGGUGUUUUAGACCAAAGGAAGGUUAAAAAUCCAUUGCUGAGUUUCAGGGUACCAGUUGAAGGCAAUGAGGUAGUCAUGAAGGGCAAUCUUAGGUUUUGGGCUCAUACAGUUGCAUCCAUUGUAAGAUAAUAAUGAACAAGUUUUCUUUAAUUAGAAUGUUCAAAGUAAAUUCUUCUUGCUUCUCUUUGGGAAGUUCUAAGCUGUAUAUAUUUUAUUCUAGCUAUAA